CAAAUUUUAACAAAACUACUACUACUUAAUACGAGACACAGCUAAGUUAGCACAAUGGCCUUAGACAGUCACAGAUUUAUGACGAAGACGCAGCACUAUCGCAAAGUGACCAAGCCGUUGCUGGAGCGCAAAAGACGCGCACGCAUGAAUCUCUAUUUAGACGAGCUGAAGGAUCUCAUUGUGGAUACCAUGGACGAGCAGGGGGAACAGGUUAACAAGCUGGAGAAGGCCGAUAUACUGGAGCUGACAGUUAACUAUCUGAAGACGCAACAGCAGCAACGCAUGACCGGCAUCAGAGCAGGCACUCCUCCGGCCUGCUCCUCUUCCUCCUCCUCCUCCAUUUGCACGCCCACUUCACCACCACCACCUGAAACACAGUUGAACUUUGAUAAAUUUCACGCUGGUUACACACAAGCCGCGUACGAGGUUUCGCACAUAUUCUCCACAGUGCCCGGAUUGGAUCUCAAAUUUGGCACACAUCUGAUGAAGCAGCUCGGCCAUCAGCUGAAAGAUAUGAAGCAACAGCUCAGCAGUCCUGUGCCUAGCGAGGAUGCCACCGAGCCAGUCAAUCUGGCCGAUGUCAAGCAGCGUCGUUCCACAUCACCUCAAGAAAAUCUGGACAUGGGCGAAGAGGUUUGGCGACCUUGGUGA